UAACAAUUUGCCCGCGAAAACGGUUGAAACGUUGAAGCGCGAGAAUUUCGAUAGCGUUUCGUGAAUUCGAGCGAACGUUCGAGGUAUACAGACAUUUAUAAAAAUAGAAGUGGAAGCAAAACAACAGCAACAAAUUAUUUUACGUGCGCAUGCGCCUCACACUUUAUCUUCGCAAUUCACCUUCUCCGUCUCCGUCUCCGGCUCCGCUUCGUCUCUGUUUCUCGCGUCUCUGGCGUUACCACUUUUCUUUGUUGUUGAUUGAUUUUGACUCGAAACAUCGCUUGCUUAUGUAUUUGUGCCUUUGCAUGUGUGUAUGUGUCGCCGAAAAGAAACCGAAGUUAAAUGAAAUAAAAUUUGAAUAAAAUUAAAUACAAUUAAAAAGUAAUUGCAAAAAGUGCACAGCAACAACUACAAUAAAAACACGCUGCGAAUUAACAAGGGCAUUAAAACGUUGCUAACAACAAUAACAACAACAAGAACAACAAAAAACAAACAAAGUCAGAUCAAGGGAUUGCUUAUUUAAGCGCCAUGUCAACGCCGACCACGCCCAAAAUGCCCACACCGCCCACAUUGCCGCCGGGCGUGACCAAAACGUGUCAUAUAGUCAAGCGACCCGAUUUUGAUGGCUAUGGCUUCAAUUUGCACUCGGAGAAGGUGAAACCGGGUCAAUUCAUUGGCAAAGUGGAUGCCAAUUCGCCAGCGGAGUCCGCUGGCCUCAAGGAGGGUGAUCGUAUUCUGGAAGUCAAUGGCGUUUCCAUUGGCAGCGAGACACACAAACAAGUGGUUGCCCGCAUCAAGGCCAUUGCCAAUGAAGUGCGUCUGCUGCUGAUCGAUGUGGAUGGCAAAGCCAUUGACAUGAUGUCGCCAAAGGCGGAAGCGACACCGGCACCGGUACCGGCAACAGCAACAACAACAACGACUUCAACAUCGGCUUCGCCAGCGCCAUCUUCAUCGCCAGCGCCAUCGCCAUCGUCAUCGCCAGUUGUUAAUGGCAGCGACAGCAGCAGCAACAGUCCGCCCAGCUAUGAGGGCACCAAGCAGGAGCUUCCUGGAGCCAGUGCCAACAUUAGCAGCAUCAGUGUGGUCAGCACAAAGCGUGUCUCGAAUGCAAGCAGCAUUCAAAGUGGCAGCACAAUGAAUGCCAGCGAUAUGGAUGUGGUGGACAGAGCCACACCCAUCCUGCCCGCCACUGUAGCUCCAAUCUCAACAAUUCAGAAUGGCAACAAAUCUCCGCCGCCAGCUAUGAGCAACAGCAACAGCAGCAACAACAGCAGCAACAACAAUAACAACAACAUGAUGAUGUUGAACACACCGCCGCCUCCAUCGGCCACAGUGGCCAACAUGAAUAACAAUGGCAGCGUCUAUAGCAGUAGCAGCACCGCCACCAACAACACCACUAACACCAACAACACCACCAACAACAACAACAUCCCCACCAGCGCUACAAACGGCAAUCCAAGUGUUAACGGUAAUGGCAGUGCCACGCCCACAAUGCCAGCGUCCAAUAUGACCAUGAAUCGAGCGGGAAGUUUGAAUUUACCACUGACAGUUGCCGAAAUGCGCGCCAAGUUGGCCUCAAAGAAGAAAUACGAUCCGAAGAACGAGAGCGUUGAUCUAAAGAAGAAAUUCGAAAUUAUUCAAAAGCUCUGAGAGCUUCACUCCUAGCAGAAUCCAAUACCCAAUCCAAACUCCCAACAUCAUGCACAUUCCCACCAUUCCCAAAAAAAUAAAA